AUGUCCCCUUCUCUGUACUGGUUCUUGCUGCUCUGUAGACUCCACAGUCUCUGGGCUCAGGAUGACUAUGACGAGAGAACCGUGGACAGGAGAGCCAAGAACAAACUACUGACAACCAACGUCAUACCCAAGAAUGGCCAAUCACUUUUGAAUGAUGACUGUGGCCUGGAGCUGGCCUUCCUGGUGGACAGCUCAGAGAGCGCCAAGGACAACCACGCCCAGGAGAAGAGGUUUGCCACAGAUGUGGUUGAACGCCUGCAGGGAGUCAAUCUCCAGACGGGCCGGGCUCUCAGCUCGCGAGCCGCCCUCCUGCAAUUCAGCAGCCAUGUGAUCAUCGAGCAGACCUUCAAGCAGUGGCGCGGACUGGCCAACUUCAAGGCUCGCAUCGCACCGAUCGGAUACAUCGGCCACGGCACCUACACCACCUAUGCCAUCACCAACCUGACCAAGAUCUACAUGGAGGAGUCAGAGCCAGGGAGCAUCAGGGUGGCCAUACUGCUGACGGACGGCAUCUCCCACCCCAGGAACCCAGACAUCUUCUCCGCCGUGAUCGACGCCAAAAACCAGGGCGUGAAGUUCUUCAUGGUGGGCAUCACGCCCGCGGCCAAUGACAUCUCCAACGUGGCACAGCUCCGCCAGCUGGCUAGCUCCCCAGCCAAUCGCUACCUCCAUAACCUUCAGGACAGGGGCAUCGUGGACAAGGUCAUCAAAGAGAUCACAGAGUUGGCUGAUGAGGGGUGUCCUCUGGCCCUGAAGUGUGCGUGUGACAAGGGAGAGAGGGGACCCAUUGGCCUCCAGGGCAAGAAGGGGAAUUCUGGAGAUGAUGGGAACCCAGGUGUUAAAGGAUCGAAGGGUGAGAGCGGGCUCAGUGGACUUCCUGGUCGAGAUGGAGAAGAGGGCAAGCCGGGCUACAAAGGAGAGCAGGGGGAGAGAGGAGAAUGUGGCACACCUGGAAUCAAAGGAGACAGGGGGCCUGAGGGGCCAGUUGGCAUCAGGGGAAACAGAGGGCUACAGGGGUUACCUGGUCCAAAUGGCGAUGCCGGGCCUGAGGGUCUCAUAGGGAAAAAAGGUGAGCGGGGACUUUCUGGGCCACCUGGUAUCCAAGGAGAAACUGGGAUUGGACUUCCUGGACACAAGGGUGAUGUGGGGUUCCAGGGGCGACUGGGGCCUCCUGGACCACCUGGCUUAGGGGAACCUGGACUACCGGGGCCUCAAGGGCCACAGGGCGUCCAAGGAGAGAAGGGUCCUAUAGGAGAAGGCUUUGCCGGGCCAAAGGGGGACCGGGGCCUGGAGGGGCCGAGGGGACCCAGAGGACAGCCCGGCACUGGACUGAAAGGAGACAAGGGUGGCUUUGGCCCUCCAGGUUUUCCAGGGCCUGUCGGCCUGCCAGGCCUGGGCAUUCAGGGGGAGAAGGGUAUAGAGGGGCCUCGGGGUCCACCAGGGGGCAGGGGCCCACAAGGAGAUGGAUAUCCAGGGCCCAAGGGUGACCAGGGCUUACCAGGGGAGCUUGGUUCAACAGGAGAGAGAGGGGCUGGCGAACCUGGGGCUAAGGGUGAGCCAGGAGCGUCAGGAUUGGCUGGUUUUCCUGGCCUCCCAGGAGAGGAUGGGGCCCCUGGACAGAAGGGUGAACCCGGUUUUGGUGGUCUGAGGGGGCCAGAGGGAGCUGCGGGGAUUGGCACCCAGGGUGAGAAGGGAGACCAGGGCCAGAGGGGCAUUCGGGGCUUGGGUGGGCCUCCUGGAAUCGCUGGGCCCUCUGGCGCAAAGGGGGAGCCUGGGACACCAGGUCGACUGGGUAUGCCAGGACUUCCAGGGCGGGGAAUCAUAGGACCUAAGGGCGAUCUUGGCCCACCUGGUCCAUCUGGACCAUUAGGAGAGACGGGCUACGGGCUGCCUGGUCCUAAGGGUGAUCGUGGAGGUCCUGGUCCGUCUGGUCCAUUUGGGCCCAAAGGCGAUGGUUAUCCUGGCCCUACGGGAACUCCUGGUCUACCGGGGCUUCCUGGUGAACCAGGCCUGGAGGGGCUGGGCAUCCCUGGACCAAAGGGAGAUAUUGGCUUCAGGGGCUUGCCAGGUUUAGCAGGCCCCCCAGGCGAGGGGCUACAAGGUCUACCGGGUGGCAUUGGACGACUGGGCCCCCCAGGGCCAACGGGGCCCCCUGGGCAGGGUAUUCAGGGGCCAAAGGGCGAGGCAGGGUCUCAGGGCAUGACGGGCCCUCGGGGGCCACCAGGGGAAGGAUUCCCAGGGGCCAAGGGUGACCGCGGCUCUGGAGGGGAGAGGGGCCUGAAGGGGGUCAAAGGUGAUUUGGGUGACCCUGGAGUUCCUGGCCAAUCAGGCACACCAGGAUUCAAAGGCGACAUGGGCCUCACAAGAGAAGACAUCAUUAAAAUGAUCAAGGAGAUUUGUGGUUGCGGAAUCAAAUGCAAGGAGCGGCCCAUGGAGCUGGUGUUUGUCAUUGACAGCUCGGAGAGCGUAGGGCCGGAGAACUUUGAGAUCAUCAAGGACUUUGUGGCGGCUCUGGUGGACCGCGUGACGGUGGGCCGGAAUGCCACCCGCAUCGGCCUGGUCCUCUACAGCCUGGAGGUCAAGCUAGAGUUCAACCUGGCGCGCCACAGGACCAAGCAGGACGUCAAACAGGCCAUACGAAAAAUCCCUUAUAUAGGUGAGGGCACCCACACGGGCACCGCCAUCCGCAAAGCCACCCAGGAUGCCUUCUACAGCUCACGCAAGGGGGUCAGUAAAGUGGCUAUAGUUAUUACGGACGGACAGACGGAUAAGCGGGAGUCGGUGAAGCUGGAUAUUGCGGUUCGGGAGGCACAUGCAGCCAACAUCGAGAUGUACGCAUUGGGGAUCGUGAAUACGUCGGACCCCACGCAGGACGAGUUCCUGAGGGAGCUCAACCUGAUUGCGUCGGACCCUGAUAGUGAACACAUGUACCUCAUUGAUGACUUUAACACGCUGCCAGCUCUGGAGUCCAAGCUCGUCAGCAAGUUCUGUGAAGACGAGAACGGUGAUCUGAUAUACAACCGUGUCACCAACGGCUACGGCAACAAUGGAUACAGGAACGGGAACAAUGGGAACUAUGGAAAUGGCUAUGGGACCACCAACCAGGAGGACUUCAACAACAGGAGGCGAACAGUCACCACUACCGGCACUCAAAGUCAGGGUGGCAGGGUAGACCUAACCCAGCCUGUCAACCCUGGCACUGCCACAGUACAGAUAGGGCAGCGUGAGGGAGGCAAGGAUGGAGGUAUUUACACCCCAGAUUGGGGGACUGGUCGCGGGGACGUUCCCACGUUGAACCGCAACACGUCCUCCUCUUCCAAUACAGGAGGGUCCUCUACCUCAUCAUCGUCAUCAUCAGGAACUUCAUCCUCAGGGUCCUCAGGCUCUGUCCAGUUAGUGCCUGCAUCACGACCCGCACUUCCCAAAGAGUUUGUGCCUCUGGACCCUCGCUGUGCACUGGUCCUAGACCAGGGCCCCUGUCGGGACUACAAAAUGCGCUGGUACUACGACAAGCAGGCCAACGCAUGCGCCCAGUUCUGGUACGGAGCCUGUGAGGGGAACCAGAACCGCUUCGACACAGAGGAGGAGUGCAAGAGGACAUGUGUGCAAGGCAGAGCGGGCUGAGAAGACAUUUCACUCAAUUCAGUCUUUAAACUGAUGUUCCAUGGCACCAUGUACUUCACAAUGGAAGGAGGUCAAGUCAUGACACGAUGUUGUACCUAUUGGAUAAAUGCGUUUUUGACACUCCCUAGUUCCCCCCUCCUACCCUUGAACUAAAACUCUACGCACUUAUUAUAAAUAUUCAUAUACUAAUUCCAGUGUCUGAUUUGAACUUUAUUUUUACCGCCAAUCUCUGUAAAAUGUUUCAUUAAAGGUCCAAUGCAGCCGUUUUUAUCUCAAUAUCAAAUCAUUUCUGGAUGACAAUUAACUACCUUACUGUGGUUUGGAACUCUUUCUUAUUGGUCUAUUAUCUAAUUUACCACCUGGUGAUGUCACCAUGGAAGGCCAAAACUCCAUCCCACCAAAGGGGCCUUAUCAUCAUUUUCACAAUUUCACAGUAAUCUUUCAACCUCAUAAUGUGGAAACAUAUAUAAAAUACAGGCAAAUCUAGUUCUUGACUGCACUGGGACUUUAACUUAACAUUACCAUUUUCAUUCAAAAUGAAUGGAUAGCUCAUCAUAUAACAUCAUUUUAACACACAAUUCAAUCAAUCUCACUCAGGUAUGUAGUCAAGAAGUAGUAGAAAAUACCACUUGCUGUAUUAGACACUGAUUAAUUCAUACAUACAGUUGCAAUUAGAAGUUAACAUGCACCUUAACCAAAUACAUUUAAACUAAAUGUAACAUAAAACAAAUUCCAGUUUUUCACAUUUAAUCCUAGAAAAUGUCCCUGUCUGAGGUCAGUUAGGAUCACCACUUUUUAUUUUAAGAAUAAAAAGUGAA